ACAGCCAAACUCGAACGCUGUUUUUUAUUUAAAAAUUGGUACUUAGGCAGCAGCCGAAAAUCGGGCCGGAGGAGUGGAAAAACAGAUCACCGGAAAGCGGAUCGCAAAAGAAAACGAUUGCCGUCGAAGCAGGAUACUGGUGAAGAAGAUAGCUGUUCGCAACUGCUCGUAGGCAUGUCUGGAGAGAGGCGAUUAGAAUGAGGCUUUGAAUAUUGCUAACUGAUAAGUUGCAAAAACAAUUUCCUUGUUAAUUUUCAUUACCAGCCUCUCUGCGGAACUUUCUUUCCAGGCUAACCUCUUGAUACCCAUAUUUUUAUCUCUUCCCUUCUUUCGCUGCCUGCUCUCGAAGCGCCACAUCUCCAUUUCAAUCGAACUUUGGAAACCCUAACCCUCUCUGUUUAUCAUCGAUUACUUGAGGAUUGCUCGAAUUUGAUUCUGUUUCUUAGGCACAAGCUAUUCCGAAAUUUUAUACGAUUUAUCUUCCGCGUCGUCGCAACCUCGUAGGCGUUGUUGAGGGCACCUCGAUCCGAAGCGAUAGCAUGAACAGUCAAAAGAAAAGAAACUUCAAGAUCGAGGCCUUCAAGCACAAGGUGGAGGUCGAUCCCAAAUACGCCGAGAAGACAUGGAAAAUCCUUGAACAUGCGAUUCACGAGAUUUACAAUCACAACGCGAGCGGCCUUAGCUUCGAGGAGCUCUAUCGGAAUGCUUACAAUAUGGUGCUGCACAAGUAUGGUGAAAAGCUGUACGCAGGGCUUGUGACUACAAUGACAUGGCAUCUAAAGGAGAUGUCAAAAUCUAUUGAGGCUGCUCAGGGUGGUCUCUUUCUUGAAGAGCUUAACAGAAAAUGGGCUGAUCACAACAAGGCGUUGCAGAUGAUCCGAGACAUAUUGAUGUACAUGGAUAGGACCUUUGUUCCCAGCUCUCAUAAGACGCCUGUUCACGAGCUCGGAUUGAAUCUAUGGAGAGAGAACAUUGUUCGGUCCAGUAAGAUCCAAACUAGGUUGGUCAGCACACUUCUAGAACUAAUUCAGAAAGAGCGGACUGGUGAGGUAAUAAACCGUGGAUUGAUGAGGAAUAUAACGAAAAUGUUGAUGGAUCUAGGUUCUUCUGUGUAUCAAGAAGAUUUUGAGAAGCCUUUUCUUGAAGUUUCAGCUAGCUUUUACAGUGGCGAGUCUCAGCAGUUCAUCGAAUGCUGUGAUUGUGGGGAAUAUCUGAAUAAAGCUGAGAGGCGGCUUAAUGAAGAGAUGGAGAGAGUUUCUCAAUAUCUAGAUGCAAAGACGGAAUCUAAAAUAACACAUGUCGUUGAAACGGAGAUGAUUGCAAAUCACAUGCAAAGAUUGGUCCACAUGGACAACUCUGGUCUUGUUAAUAUGCUUGUGGAUGACAAGUAUGAUGAUCUUAGCAGAAUGUAUAACUUGUUCCGUCGAGUUCCUGAAGGGCUCUCAACAAUUAGAGAGGUGAUGACCUCCCAUCUCCGAGAAACAGGAAAGCAGUUAGUAACUGAUCCAGAUAAACUGAGGGAUCCUGUUGACUUUGUUCAACGCCUUCUCAAUGAGAAAGACAAGCAUGACAAGAUCAUAAGUGCCGCAUUUAAUAAUGACAAGACUUUCCAAAAUGCUCUGAACUCAUCGUUUGAGUAUUUCAUCAAUCUGAACAACCGGUCUCCUGAAUUUAUUUCACUAUAUGUUGAUGACAAGCUCCGGAAAGGCCUAAAAGAGGUCAGUGAAGAGGAUGUGGAGAUGGUCCUUGACAAAGUCAUGAUGCUAUUCCGGUAUCUGCAAGAGAAAGAUGUGUUUGAAAAAUAUUACAAGCAGCACUUGGCCAAGCGGCUCCUUUCUGGGAAAACCGUUUCUGAUGAUGCUGAGAGAAGUCUGAUUGUUAAGCUGAAAACGGAGUGUGGUUAUCAGUUUACUUCCAAAUUAGAAGGCAUGUUUACAGAUAUGAAAACCUCCCAGGAUACAAUGCAAGGUUUUUAUGCAAGUCAAUCAGCUUCUGAUUCUACGGAUGGUCCCAGCCUAGCAGUCCAAGUUCUCACAACUGGGUCUUGGCCGACCCAACCUAUUGCGCCAUGCAACCUUCCGCCUGAGAUUCUGGGUGUAUGCGAGAGGUUCCGAACCUUUUACUUAGGCACUCACACAGGCAGAAGGUUAACAUGGCAAACUAAUAUGGGCACUGCCGACAUGAAAGCAACCUUUGGCAAGAAUCAGAAGCAUGAGCUUAACGUCUCUACCUAUCAGAUGUGCAUUUUGAUGUUAUUCAAUUCUUCAGAUCGAUUGACUUACAAAGAAAUUGAGCAGGCCACUGAGAUCCCAGCAUCUGAUCUGAAACGCUGUCUUCAGUCUUUGGCAUGUGUCAAGGGUAAGAAUGUACUCGGCAAGGAUCCCAUGAGCAAAGAUAUUGCUGAAGAUGAUACUUUCAUGGUCAAUGACAAGUUCUCCAGCAAGUUCUUCAAAGUGAAGAUUGGUACAGUGGUAGCGCAAAAGGAGUCGGAACCUGAGAAACAAGAGACUCGUCAAAGGGUAGAGGAGGACAGGAAGCCUCAGAUUGAGGCUGCCAUUGUGAGGAUUAUGAAGUCCCGGCGAGUUCUCGAUCACAAUAAUAUCGUAGCAGAGGUGACAAAGCAGCUACAGUCCAGGUUCCUUCCCAAUCCCGUCGUGAUCAAGAAACGGAUCGAAUCACUGAUCGAAAGGGAGUUCUUAGAGAGGGACAAGGCAGACCGUAAAUUGUAUCGAUAUCUUGCCUAGUUAUUGCUUUACAAGAACAUGGUUUCCCAGGCGUGGAGCCAAUUUAUUUGUUAUGUAUUGGUUUCUCAUGUAUUUUCUCAGCAUAUUUUCUUAGUGUUUGCUCUCUGGACCUUCUCUGUCCGUUGCUCCAUUUGACUUAUUUUCUUAAGAUGGAAAAGGGAAAGAACUGCCAAAUCUCUGUUAAGUUUGAUUUCCACAGGUUUUGAUGGUUCU